GAGAGAGAGAGUCCCAUAGUGGUAGCUGCUGCUGCUGCUGCUGCUCUACUCUCUCCAGUCGUUUUUUGACUCCAGCCAGACGCGAGCCAACUUUCGCCACGUUUAGUGUAAUUCAUUCAUAAAACAUUUUCUUAAUUCGGUGCUUUAGGUCGUAAGCAGUGUACAUAAUUGUAUAUACUACAGUAAUUAUAGGUACCGCAUAUACAUUACUUUAGGGAUAAUAGAAGUACAUACGUCUCCUUAAGAAUUAAAGUAAAAUAUUUCUUUCUGGCAGCACAGCCCGCUUGUGUAACUCUUAUUACGUAAAAAUUAUCCUUCAUGUGCGAUGAGCCCUUUAAUUUUACUGGCUCCGUCUCAUAGUUUCUCCACAACGAAACAAGUCAAGUCUGGUCAUGAAACUGCUCUUCUUCAACACGAAAGAUAAGCAGAGGUGACUGCAGCAAGGGCAGAAAUGGUGACAUAAAGCUCUUGUGAAGGUAGUAAAUUCUGAACUUGGUAGAAUUUUUAUUUCAGCCAGUACGACAAUAUGUACAUAUCUAUCAAUACGUAUGUAAAUAAAUGAAUAAAUUCGCUCAUGUAGAGUAACCAAAAGGGUCUAAGAUUUACCAGAAGGCACUAUUUCUUAGAGUAAGGGCGUAAAAAUUAGUGCGUUAGGCAACGAGUUGUACUCGGCCAGUUCUGGCGACUGUGUUUCUCCAUCGUCGUCAGCAAGUAAACGUCAUUUUGAAGAUCAACAGUAUUGUACUAAUAGCAAAAUUCCUGGAGAGGAGUCGUUGAAUCCACAAGCAUUUCGUUGGACCAAGGCGGAGGAUAGUUCCUUAAAAAACAUGGUUGAAGUAGAUGUCACAGAACCGGAAGACAUAAUCAAUGUUCCAGUUGAAGCCACAGCAUUUCUUGCAGCAGUUUCAGCUCUUGCGGUGUUACUCUUUGUCAUAUUUGUGUACGUAAAUAAGAAGUGGAGAAUCCUGAACGUCGGACUCAACGCGAGCAAACCAACCGGACGCGGUACUCAGAUCCCUGUAAAGCAGCAUGACAAUUCAACGAAAAGACUUUCACCCUUCAGACCUCAUUUGGGUGACUCCUACAUCCUCACACCCGAGUCGAGUUCAGACAGCGAAGAAGAUGUUCUUCGACGGUUAAGAAGCCAAAUGAGUUUGCAGCAACACCACGAAACGACUCUGCAGGAUCAUCGGGUUUCCAUGAGUCGAGGGUCGCCUUUGCUCACCACCGCAGUCCGCAGUUUUUCCUUAGACCAAGCUUCCAGCCACCACCACCAUCCUCAUCACCACCACCCCCACCUCAUGCAGCACCGUAGCUUCGACCUGACCUACCAUCCCCUUCACCAAAGCACUCCCAACUACUCAUCCAAUACCGCAGUGCCCUCAUCCGCUGGCCACAACCUUUUCCAUGGGGCUGGCUCUUCCGCAUACACGUCCGUGAGGCCCUUGAGGAUCGCAGGGGGUCGAGACAUGGAUAACGUUGCUUCGUCGAGCUGUACAAGUAACAGUUCCAGGCGGAGAUCAAAAGGACUAAUGGCAUCUUCAUCGAUGGGUGGUGUCCGUGGAGGCGGGGAGCGAGGGGAUCUCAUGUCAUUGGCGGAGAAGGGCAAAGUGAACAGUUCCAGUGCGUCCUCGACCAGCUCGAAUGGAAGCACCGAAGAUGAUCCCACCAGAGCACCGCAUCAUCAGCAUCAUCAUCAUCACCACCAUGGAAUGAGGGCACAUCCCGUUCGCGUGGAUCCUUCGAGACCGGUGUCAGUUUCCAGCAGUACUGCCACCACGCUUGUCGCAACCCCACAACCACACUCCUCGCACCAACAACCCCCACCGCCACCAAUUCAUCAUACUCAUCAACAGCAACAACAUGCUCACUCUCAACACUCGGCCCCAUGUUCUACCACUGGUUUUAGGCGAAUGAUGCCCCCAAGGACGAAAUCUAUCGACUCGGAAUCUCCUCCCCCAUCCCAGGGAUGCUCAACAUACGGCGACUCCAUUGCUGAUCAAGACGACCACAUUUUCGAGGUGGAGGAGAUGUCUUUGGCGGAGGGGGAAUUGGGGAUGGUGGUGGACUCGGGUCGCGGAGGGACAUCUUCCCCAGUCCAAUGUGGCAGUUUAGAAGUUGCAUUGGACUACGAAGCCGCCGCGAGGAAAAUGACCGUGCAUGUGAUCCAAGUUCGAGGAGUGCCUCCUAAAGACAUGGGCGGAGCAAAUAACACUCAAAUUCGCCUGGUGCUGUUACCCGAUAGGAAGCAGAAGCACAAGACAAAGGUUCGGCCAGGUGAACACCCAUCUUUCAUGGAGACCUUCGUGUUUAGCAAAGUUAAUCCAGAGGACGUGAGUAGCCUGGGAAUCCGUUUCCGACUUUAUGGUUGUGAGCGUAUGCGGAGGGAACGACUUCUUGGGGAGUGCAUUUUAGGAUUUGGCUCCUUACACUUGGAGAUGGAAACAACAACAUGGCUGAAUUUCGAACCCCGUUAUCAUCUCUCGAUAGAACAGAGGAAAGUUUGGCACACACAAAAUUUUCGGGCAUGGGACUCGAAAUCAGAGACUGCAAGUUUAAGUAGAAGUGACAGCGCAUCGUCCACGACCUCCAUCCAAAGUGGAAUCCCUGAGCUCUUAGUAGGUCUCGCGUAUAAUGGUACGACGGGUCGACUAACGGUGGAGAUCAUUAAGGGAAGCCAUUUUCGACAACUUGCUGGGGGGAAAGCACCUGAUUCCUACGUAAAGCUCGUUCUUGUCAGCUGCACUGGACAGGAAAUGGGGAGGUCCAAGACGUCGUUGCGGAGAGCACAGUCAAAUCCUUUGUUCAAGGAAACUUUCAUGUUCCAGGUGGCUUUGUUCCAAGUACAAGAGGUGACCUUGUUGGUAUCGGUCUACGGCAGGAAAGGAGUCACGAGGCGAGAACUUCUCGGCUGGUUUGCCCUUGGUUAUAAUAGCUCUGGCGAUGAAGAAACGACGCAUUGGGAGGAUAUGUGUGACGCGCAGGGCGAUCAAAUGUGUCGAUGGCAUGUUCUACAAACUUAAGAAAUGUCGACUCUACUUGACUACUAAAUACUUGAUCUCUGAAAAUGCAUCGAAUUGACAACGUGUGAAUCUCACUGCUGGAAUGUACCACUAAAAAUUUUUGGAGGAAAUUGCUAAAUAUUUCCAACAAACCAAUUGUAUCCUAGUCAAUGUAACUGCUUUGGAAUUGAACCAUUUAACCUGAUCCAUGUCAUCAAAAUUUGUCUAUAUACAUACGUAAUGUAGGAUUUCAAGCUGUCAUCAUCAAUUGUAACCACCUUCUUCCUUUGUGGAUUUCAAGUAACGAGUCCGGCUGAAUCAAUGCAACGACCACACGUACAUUUAUGUAAAGGUCCAUAAGUUUGAUAGUUGACUUACUCAACCACUUGUUACAUCUUUGUGCAAAUGCUUUGGUGGAGACAUGCAGAAUGGAAUUGUUUGUGAUAUUUACAAUUUAUCCAUUUAACUAAUUACUUAAUUGUAACCUAUAACCUUACAUUUUAAACUAUAUUUAACUAAGAACUUCUUCAACUUGAAUUGAAGAAUCUUUCCAAUGAUCUCAAUCUAGUCAUAACUUGGUCAAGUUGGUCAAAACUUGUCCGAUUUAAGCCAUUUCAGAAACAUUAUUACUAUACAUAGAUGAAACCUUAUUACCGUCUAGUUUUAUAAAUCGCACGUUCUCGCACUUUUACAAAACUUACACAAAACAGCAUAUUAAUUACUUAAUAAUAUCAAGUUGGCUGGUAUGAUCGUUUCCUGCCUACACAUCACUCACACACAUACUCCAAAUGUUCCCCGUCUGUACAAAAUGUAUAAAUCUUGCCGUGUCAUACGAUUACAUAUAUUAAACACUAGAUAUAUAAUUAUUAUACAGAAACAUAUGGUCGCUCAUCAUCCGAUAUGCAUCUUAGGCAUUGGAGGAAGAGUGGCGCAAUUUCCGGCAAAUGCAUUUAAUAGAUUAAGUCCAUAAAUUCCAGUGGAAAUUUGGAAUUUAUGAAGAAAAAACGAUUAUUGAUGAUGAUCACAUUUGAAAAAAAGAAUUAUCGUCAUUUCACAAAUUAUUUAAGUUGGUGUUGAAAUAUUCAACGUAAUCAGUGAUAAAAACCUAACUUCAAACGCAAACAACAGCCAAACCCUUCUGAACUGACGCAACUCUAUAAAAUUAGGUACUAAAAAUCUACCACCAUCGCUUAUUAUUCUACCCUUUACUACAUUUGUAGGACCGAGUUGUUGAUUGAGACCAAAUACGUGAUUUUAAAAAAAAACCAAAGCAUCAACUCCAUUAAUCUAUAAAGUAUUUACUCUUUAACAAAUAAUUAAUAAAAUUGUCCAAUAUAAUUCACCUCAAAAGAUUCACAACCCUUAUUGAUGAAUGCGUGAUUUAAACAACUUUGAGCUUUAAAGUCCCAUUAUUGCUAUGUGUACAUAUGUACUCCGUAUACAUACAUUUACUGUUUUUGGUUAACCAGUACAGUUUCUAUUUAACAACCUUGUAAAUUAUAAUGUAAGUCGUUUCUUCCCAAUUUCUUGUCGGUGCAUUGUUGAGCUGCGGUGGUCAGUGGUUGGUGAAAGUUUUGUGUAGCGUUCAAGUUGUCUUGUCUUUUCUGCAUAUAAAAUAUGAUGGUGGCAAUUGUACAAUUGAUUUCCCUAAAUUUACAUUGAAGGAGACAAUUGAUUGCCGAGGCGUUCCCGACAAUCUCUUAUUUAACCUCAAAAGAGCUGCAACGCUCGGUAAUUUAAUUAAAGUUAGUGAUUCUACUAGUAGCACUCGUUUUGUGUUGUGUUGUCUCAAAUUAUUCUUUUGUAUUGAUUUUAAACACCGUGUCUUGUCGGAGCUAUUUCUCUUUAGUUUUUAAUACAGGCGAAAUCCCAAUAAUUUUGUUCUGACCUACUUAAAAUAAGUAGUUUGCACUACUUUCCAGUGCUUCCUGUGUCGCUUGACCUUUAUUACCUUUUAAUCAUUCAAAUUCAAUGUCUCGACUGUCUCCAUUUGAUUUUCUUUACAGUUUCCAACCAAAAAAUUGUAAUACAGACAAAACUGUACACAUUCUGCACAUUGAACUUUGUCAAAAUUUAAAUGGUUAUAUUCAGUAUGUAUCUAUUAUUGUAUCCAAAAAAAAUUCUGAAAUCUGACAAACCUGACAAGCUAAAUUAUUUAUUCCGACUGCACUUUUAAAAUAUUUAGGAUAAUUUGCAUGAGAAUAUCAAGCCACUAAAUAUAGAUAAUUUCGUACAGCACAAAUUUUGGCCUUGAUAACUACACAAUAUAAUUGAUCUAUUUAUUAAAUUAUUUAUAUAUUAUGCUACUGUGUCAGGUGUAAAAUUGGAUCUUAUUAAAAUUAGAUAUAUUUACACAUUAUUGUUAAAAAGUGACAAGGAAUGUGACGUUUCCUCUUUACUACGGAGGUCAAUGGAAUAGCGUGCGUCUCAAAUAUGCCACUAUCACAUUUGACAGGUAAAUAAUUAGGGUAUGUACAUAAAUAUUGAAGACAUUACUAAAGCGGUUAAUGAGACUUGUGAUCAUGGAAGGGGAGUUGUGUGUAGAGACACAGGACUUGGGAGGAUUGUCGUGUGUGUACCAUUAUUAUUGCUAUUAUUCUGUGUAUGUCUGUGUCUGUUAUUUGUCCUGAGUACUGUGACUUAAGACGGAGCGUGUGGGUUGAAGUUGAUUCAUUUCAAGAGUUUCGAUAAAACGGAACUUCUUGCAGGAAUCAAGGAGCUGGCACCAAGAUGAGUACUAAAACCAUUAGAGAAGGAAAUGGACGGAGGUGCAGUCGUAGUAUUUCGACAUUUGGGUGGUUCACCCCCCAAAAGUCGUCACCACUGCGGAAUACUGCCCUCUCAUGUCUAUGGACUUGACAAGUUGUUGAAAAGUGAUUGUUCACGUAAACGCACAUUUAAAGUUAUGAUAAGUUGUAAACUGAUAAGAGUUUGGCUGAGGUUAGGAAAGAGCACAACCUGUGUCGGUACAUAUAUAGCAAAUUAGCGUAUUAUGGAUGUCGUGUCUUCUGAUUACUAACUAAGGUAAAUGGUUUUGGAGAAAGUAAAAAAAAUUGCAGCAACUUGUUACAUGUUUGUAUUAAAUCCCCAAAUUUGCGGAUUUGUGGACAUAUAUUUUAACAAAAUUUCAGUAUUAUUACCAUUAUUGCGUCUUAAUCUGUUUUGUUAUAUUUAAGUAUGUACAAAUAUGAUAAAAGGACACAGGAUUUAGCGUAUUACACCAACAAACAGGACGGACUCGUCUGUGUAUUUGACCUGGAUGGUAACAUGAAGGACUUGACUGUGAAAGCACAAAUUUUGAGAAUUUUUGACUAGGAUAUAUAUCUGCAUAUAUUUACAUAUACUUACAUAUAUGUGUGCAUAAUGCUUAUGAUUUUAAGGUGGAUUUUCACACGUUGAAAUUCCCAAUAACUUAACUGGUAAUUGUCAAUUGACCGUUCCAUGAGUAAGAAGUGUAUAAAGUAAUAUAUAGUUUAUAUACAUACAAAAUUUCAUAUUGGGCAUGCCUUACAGCAUGCUACAUGUUGUGUAAAGUCUAAGAAGUGUUUUAUAUUACAUUAAAAGUUACAUUCCUAUCAUAAUUUGUAUGCAACCCAACUGCACGCUUCUAAUCAUUCUCAAGUUGUCCACGAUUACAAAGAACCAUUACGAUGUACUUACUUUACUUGAUAAAUACACUAAUUUUGCUAAUGCUAAUAUUUUGAUGAUGAUGAAUUUUCCACUAAUUAACUGGCUGGGUGGAGUACAGGCGUGAAUGAUGAGUUUGCAUAAUAUUUUUUAACUCGUACCAACUCAUCCCUAUAUCUUUACAACCUAGCUGUUACCUUCUAAAUGUAGUUUUGUAUUCAUGAAUUAUAAUGAUAAAUAAUUACGAUUGGUAAUGUUUACUCAAACAGUACCGGAAGGAAGUAAAAUAACGAUUUAUUAUGGUUACGCGUGGUGGUGAAAAUAAUUCACAUUUCAAUGUUCCACAGAUUAAUAAGAAAACUAUUUAAAAAAAUCUUCUCAAUUACAAUUAAUUCAACUUUAAACUUGUAUUUAGUCAUCUUUUCUUCUGUCUCAACAAACUGUUGUAAAAAUUAAUUCAACAGCUGCAAUUAAGUGGACUGUGUAUAAUCCAGUUGAUUAUUUCAUUCCAACCAGAACACCAAAGUUUAAAAAGUUAUCAAAAUCGGAUGAAUAAUAAUAAUCAGGAUAUGAUUUUGUCAACCUACACCAAUAUUUACAACCAGUAAAAUAAAUUGUUCCUUGAACUGUGAAAAUAUAAA